CUUGCAGCAUCCCAAACACGGCGCUGCCGGCCCGCGCUCCCAACCCCGAGCGCCGCCCGCGCUCCCGUUCCCGGCAGCGGUUGUCGCUCAGCGCCGUGGCGGGUCCCUCGUGGGGACGCAGCAGGGUCUCCUCUGUGCUGCUGCAGGAGCUCCCCUAUGAGAGGAAGCUGCUGAGUGCUCCCCGUGAAAAUCCCUGCUGGGGGCUCAUUACCCCAUCACCGACACGGCUCUGUGCUCUCUCCAGCUAUGGAUCCCACGCAGCUUUCUAUAAGUACAAGACCAGCACUAGCAGGAGCCUCCCACUGUUUUACAUCUACGACUCCUACUCGACACUAGCUGAAUCGUGGGCCAACCUGUUCAUGCCAUCGAGCUCCCACUCUCUGCGCAACACCGCGUACGACACCGUGGUCAUCACGCUGCCGGAGGAGGGACACCAGCACGACAUCCUCUCGGCAGGCUACGACAGCAGGUACACCUACUUCACCUCCAACGGCUUCUCCUUUGCCUCAUCCCACCAGAACUGCAAAGCAAUCAAAACUUUCUGCGGCUCCAACAACCUGAUGUUCAUCCCCAGUGUUGGCCCAGGCUACAUGGACAUGAGCAUCCACCCCUGGAACAACCACAAUACUUGGAACAGCAAGUACUGUGAAACAGCUCUGCAGGCUGCUCUCAUGGUCAGGCCAGAGAUUGUUUCAAUCACUUCUUUCAAUGAGUGGCACGAAGGCACCCAGAUCGAGAUGCCCAAGAAGACCCCGACGCAGCUUUAUCCUGACUACCUUCCCCACUUCCCCAACGUGUACUUGGAGCUGACUCACAGGUGGGCAGAGCACUUGAGCAAAGAGAAGGAGCAGGGGCUGGUGUCACUGCAGCGUUUCCCUUACGGAGCAGCUGCCGCGGAGGGGAGCGCCAAGGGACAAAGCAGCCGUGGAGGAGCAGCCACAGGAGCGAAGGCCGCGCUCGGCAAACAGCAUCUCCGCACGUGCUCCGAGGAAUGCUGCUCUACGGUGUCCUACAACUUACCUGGGCUCCCCUGUGUAUUUCACCCGGUGCCCUUGGGCCACUGUGUGCAGUGA